GCCCAAGUGACCAAAAUACUUGGGAGUUCUCAGAAUCGCCGACGUGGCGAUCAAAUAGUGUCUUCCUUAGACUUCCUACAACUGUUUAUCGGAAGCACCCAUGUCACUUUAGCUGUCUUUGAAUCUUUGGAAGACCUAAAAGGCUGUGGUUGUCAGAAACUUCAUUGAUGGUUUCUUUCACGACGCUGCCCAAGACGUUGCUCCUUCUCCUGCUUACCUCGCCAGCUUUUGCCAUCUCGGUCGCUCUUCCCUCCUCCAAGAAUGACCCAUUUCGCGCUAUAGUUCUCGCCCAUCGCAAGCGCCAACCUGAGCCGCCUCUCUGCUGCUUGACACCACCUUCGUCAAUAGAAUCACCAGAUGAUGUCGAGGAUGUCCUGCUCUCAUUUGAGGAGUGGAAGUCUAAACAGUUCCUGUACCAAUCCAAACCGCAGUCGCAGACCCAGCCUCGGGUAACUGCUCAUCUCCAAAUUGAAGCUUUAGAAAACACGGAGUCAAGUACUACCCAUGAGACUAAUGUCACUGUGCCGGACACGUCUGCAUACCUCCCGGAAACGGCACUCUCCCCUCAUUUCAGGGUACCUAUCACCGACCGUUUCAAUUAUGCAAACUUAGAUUGCUCUGCACGCGUACACACUUCUCAUCGCUCUGCCAAGUCUCCUUCGUCCAUUCUAUCAUCAAAAAAGGAUAAAUAUAUGCUUUCGCCAUGUUCUACGGGCAAGGAGGAACAGUUCGUGGUUGUAGAGUUGUGCGAGGAUAUUAGAAUUGACACCGUGCAACUCGCGAACUUCGAGUUUUUCAGCGGAGUGUUCAAGGAUUUUUCGGUGAAGGUUGCAAAGACUUACACGACGUCUGAUGACGGGUGGGUACUGGCGGGUACUUACAAGGGAAAGAAUGUCCGUGGUGUGCAGUCUUUCCACACGCCAACUACCCUGCGCGAUUUCUACAGGUACAUCCGGAUCGACUUUCACUCACACUAUGGACAUGAGUAUUACUGUCCUGUCUCACUUCUUAGGGUCUAUGGUUUGACCCAUCUUGAACAAUGGAAGUGGGACAUGUGGGAAGAAGAGAGUCAUAAACUCGCCCGAGCUCAGGCUCAAGUAUUUUCCUCCAUUACGGAGCCCCUGCCCAUCAGUUCUGGGGGAUCUGAACUGAACAAGUUUAUGGAUGAGCUCGAGGCUCGGACCAUACCUUCUGCAUAUCCUCUUGAUACCCCACUUCCAACAACCAAAGUCUUGUCUACGGCACAUAUGAGUCUAAGUAGCUCUCAGGCAUCCAAGGCGGUGAACCGGACAUAUAUCUCGGUCAACUCUUCUUUUCAAUCCACAGCGUCUUCACCGGCCAUUGUUCCUACCGACUCUGCCAUCAUGCAGCAGCCUACUUCGUCCGCUACCUCAACGUCUGUAUUGAGUUCCGAGACGAGCGUCGUGUCUUUCGACACUGCCAUAUCCUCUACAGCAUCCCUCUCGCCUAAUGAGAGCACGUCUACCCAAUCCCCAUAUCUAAUCUCUUCAGAACUCCCGCAUACCUCUAAUAUCGAAGCAUCUUUAUUGCAAUCUCCAUCAUUAUCAUCUCACCACGGCCCAUCUGCGAACACGCUGGCGACAGCCUUACCAACAUUAUCUAUCCCUCCACCCGUCGGAUCAAGUGGAGAGUCAAUAUACCGCACAAUUAUGACCCGACUGACUCUCCUAGAGGCAAAUCAUAGCCUAUAUGCACGUUAUGUGGAGGAGCAGACCUCUGGUGUACGUGAAGUACUCAGGAGGUUCGGUGAGGAUGUUGGCAGGUUGCAGAGCGCCAGUCGCAUACAGGCACAAAUGUAUCAGCGCACAGUUCACGAGUGGGAAAGACAGCGACUUCGUCUGGAGUUCGAACACAGUGAAUUACUCUCGCGAGUAAAUCAUCUUGCUGAAGAGGUUACUCUUGAAAAGCGUCUUGGGAUCGCACAACUUUGCUUACUUCUGGCAGUGCUUGUAUUCAUUGGCUUAACCAGAGGUGCACCAUCCAUAGAACCCCCUCAACUUAUUACUCGUUCUGCGAGAGAAUGGGGCCGGCGCAACUUAAGUUUCGCUAGCAGUAACGCUGACCGUGGCUCGAAUAAUAUGCUGUUCCGAAAUCGCAGUCCUGAGAUUCCUGUUGGCAAGAGAUCUGAACCCAAAAAGGGUCGUCCUUCGGGCCCAGGUUCUCCUGUAGACUUUCCGCCUCAUCGAACGCAACGGUCCUCCGAUCAUGAUCCUAUUCCACGCCGACCUCCGCAUUUUACUACCUUCACAGAUAAACGAUCCACCCCGCGCGGCUCCACCGCCACGAAACGGUCCGGCCCUCCAUUUGCCAAUUCUACACUCCGCACCCCCACCCGUCGCAUACCUAUUUCUAUCUCCACGGAGAUAUCCACACUCCCCCGCGCCGCCCAUAUGGUGCGAACAAACUCGCAUUCAUCAACAGGACUCAUCAUUCCUAAAUCUACCAAACGCUUGGCACGGACAGCUCACCUGCACGAAGUCAAAAGUUCGCUCAGUCGAAGGGAGAGCCAAAACUCGAAGCGAGGAAAUAAUCUGGAAGACGUGUUCCGUGGUCCUUCUAUGAAGACUCAUUAUCAUUCGCGACGCCUGUCAAGCCCGCGACGACCCCUCUUUCCGAUUGACCUCUCACGUCAGCCAAAAGACUUGAUAUCGGAAGAUACCACUGAUCCUGAUGCGUGGGUUGACACCGAUGUUGAAGGAGGAUCCGAAUGUUCAGAAUUUGCUGCACUCGAACUCUCACUUUGAUAUGACGAUUUUCUUAUGUUCCGGCGAGAAUCGAGGCUAUGUAUUAAGGGAAGAACCUCAAUUGCACAUACCAUAGAUAUCGUCAUGCAAUCACUGCGGCUGAGCGCUGCAGCGCUAUGCAUCGAUGACGCAUCGAUGCGUCACAGCCCGCACUAA